UUGUUCUGUUUAAUGUUUUAGGCUAUCAACAUGACGGCUGAAGAAACAGUGAAUGUGAAAGAGGUUGAAAUUAUUAAGCUAAUUUUAGACUUCUUGAAUUCAAAGAAGCUUCACAUUAGUAUGUUGGCCCUUGAAAAGGAAAGUGGAGUCAUAAAUGGCCUAUUUUCAGAUGAUAUGCUUUUCCUGAGGCAGCUAAUCCUUGAUGGUCAAUGGGAUGAAGUUCUUCAGUUCAUUCAGCCUCUAGAAUGUAUGGAAAAAUUUGACAAAAAAAGGUUUCGUUAUAUUAUCCUGAAGCAGAAGUUUUUAGAAGCCUUAUGUGUUAACAAUGCAAUGUCAGCAGAAGAUGAGCCCCAGCAUCUAGAAUUUACCAUGCAGGAAGCUGUACAAUGUUUACAUGCCUUGGAAGAGUACUGCCCUUCUAAAGAUGACUACAGCAAGCUCUGUUUGCUUUUGACUUUGCCUCGUCUGACCAAUCAUGCUGAAUUUAAGGACUGGAACCCAAGCACUGCACGAGUGCACUGUUUUGAAGAGGCUUGUGUCAUGGUUGCAGAAUUCAUCCCUGCUGAUAGGAAGCUAAGUGAGGCUGGUUUUAAAGCAAGUAACAAUCGUUUAUUUCAGCUUGUAAUGAAGGGCCUACUUUAUGAAUGCUGUGUAGAAUUUUGUCAGAGUAAAGCAACUGGAGAAGAAAUUACAGAAAGUGAAGUACUUCUUGGCAUUGACCUCUUAUGUGGUAAUGGUUGUGAUGAUUUAGAUCUGAGUUUAUUGUCAUGGCUUCAGAAUCUGCCAUCUUCUGUCUUCUCUUGUGCUUUUGAACAGAAAGUGCUUAAUAUUCAUGUUGACAAACUUCUGAAACCCACAAAAGCUGCAUAUGCUGAUCUUUUGACUCCUCUUAUCAGCAAACUUUCUCCCUAUCCAUCAUCUCCAAUGAGAAGGCCUCAAUCAGCUGAUGCCUAUAUGACCCGCUCUCUGAAUCCUGCUUUAGAUGGCCUCACUUGUGGACUAACCAGUCAUGAUAAGAGAAUCUCAGACCUGGGGAACAAAACAUCUCCAAUGUCACACUCCUUUGCUAACUUCCAUUAUCCAGGGGUACAAAACCUCAGUAGAAGUCUCAUGCUUGAGAAUACAGAAUGUCACAGUAUUUAUGAAGAAUCUCCGGAACAAAGUGAUACACCUGUUGAGGCACUACGGCCUAUCAGCAGUGAAAUCCUGGGCCAGAGUUCAGUUUCAGAAAAAGAGCCUGCAAAUGGAGCACAGAAUCCGGGACCAGCUAAGCAAGAAAAAAAUGAGCUUCGAGAUUCAACAGAACAAUUUCAAGAAUAUUAUAGGCAAAGAUUACGCUAUCAACAGCAUUUAGAACAGAAGGAGCAACAGCGACAGAUAUACCAACAGAUGCUGCUUGAAGGAGGUGUGAAUCAGGAGGAUGGUCCUGAUCAGCAGCAGAAUCUUACUGAACAAUUCCUUAAUAGGUCCAUUCAAAAGCUUGGUGAAUUAAAUAUUGGAAUGGAUAGCCUUGGUAAUGAGGUAUCAGUGCUCAACCAGCAAUGUAAUGGAAGCAAAGGCAAUGGGUCUAAUAAUUCUUUUGUAACUAGUUUUGCUACACCACCCCAAGACUCUAGUCAGAGAUUAACACAUGAUGCUUCAAAUAUUCAUACAAGCACACCUUGUAAUCCUGGAUCAACAAAUCACAUACCUUUUCUUGAGGAAUCAUCGUCUUGUGUUAACCAAAUCUCAUCAGAACAUUCUGUCAUUAAGUCAGCUCUUGGAGAUUCUUCAGGGAAUCUAUCAAGGUCAAGAGGAGAAGAGGAUGAUAAAUCAAAAAAGCAGUUUGUUUGUAUUAACACCCUAGAAGACACACAAGCUGUUAGAGCAGUGGCUUUUCAUCCAGGUGGUGGUUUAUAUGCUGUCGGUUCAAAUUCGAAAACUCUGAGAGUAUGUGCUUAUCCAGAAGUAAUUGAUCCAAGUGCACAUGACAUCCCUAAGCAACCAGUGGUACGUUUCAAAAGGAAUAAACAUCAUAAAGGAUCCAUUUACUGUGUGGCCUGGAGUCCUUGUGGACAGUUACUAGCAACAGGAUCAAAUGACAAAUAUGUCAAAGUCCUGCCGUUCAAUGCAGAGACCUGUAAUGCAACAGUUUCAGGACCAGAUCUGGAAUUUAGUAUGCAUGAUGGGACAAUUAGAGACUUGGCAUUUAUGGAAGGCCCAGAAAGUGGUGGAGCUAUUUUGAUAAGUGCUGGAGCAGGGGACUGUAAUAUUUAUACCACUGAUUGUCAAAGAGGACAGGGCCUGCACGCGCUGAGUGGACAUACCGGACAUAUUUUAGCACUUUAUACCUGGAGUGGCUGGAUGAUUGCAUCUGGUUCUCAAGAUAAGACUGUUAGAUUCUGGGAUCUUCGAGUACCAAGUUGUGUUCGUGUUGUUGGUACAACAUUCCAUGGAACUGGCAGUGCAGUGGCAUCUGUAGCUGUAGAUCCCAGUGGCCGACUCUUAGCCACAGGACAAGAAGAUUCUAGCUGCAUGUUGUAUGACAUAAGAGGAGGAAGAAUGGUACAAAGUUAUCACCCUCAUUCCAGUGAUGUUCGCUCUGUUCGAUUCUCUCCUGGAGCUCACUACUUGCUAACAGGAUCCUACGAUAUGAAAAUAAAGGUGACAGACCUACAAGGAGACCUCACUAAACAGCUUCCUAUCAUGGUGGUGGGGGAGCACAAGGACAAGGUGAUUCAGUGCAGAUGGCACACCCAGGAUCUUUCCUUCCUGUCAUCCUCUGCAGACAGAACUGUAACCCUCUGGACUUAUAAUGGGUAGAGUACACCCAGUGUCCAUCUCUGCAGUGAAAGCACAGAGACUUAAGACUACUGAGUUGUGAAAAUUACAGAUUUGGAGAACAAAGACUGACCGAGAAAGUGGCUUAGCACGAGGAGGCCCCUUAUUGCCAUGUGUCCCUUUGCUAGGAGCUGUGGGUGGUGUUAUUCUGCAGUGC